CGCUCUCAGUUUUGUUGUUGUGUUGCUAACUUCCGCCUGCUCGCACGUUAGCUCCAGCUGCAGCUGAAACCUUUUUAUUAUUGUUAUUGGCACUUACAUUGUGUUAUCACUGGAUACUCCAUAAUCUGGAAUCAGUGCAACAAUGUCGCUGUAUGAUGACCUCGGUGUGGGUGCCAGCGACACCAAGACUGAAGGCUGGUCCAAGAACUUCAAGCUGCUGCAGUCCCAGCUGAAGGUGAAGAAAGCUGCUCUGACCCAGGCCAAGACCCAGCGGAUGAAGCAGACCACUGUCUUGGCUCCAGUCAUCGAUCUAAAAAGAGGAGGCUCCAGCGAUGACAGACAGAUCUCAGACACUCCUCCGCAUGCUGCAGCUGGACUCAAGGAUUCAGUGCCAAGUGGUUUCUCCUCCAGCGAUGUGCUAAUCCCGUUGGCGGACGAGUAUGAUCCAAUGUUUCCCAACGACUAUGAGAAAGUUGUGAAACGGCACCGGGAGGAACGACAGCGACAGAGGGAGCAGGAGCGACAGAAGGAGAUAGAGGAGAGGGAAAAGAAGAGGAAAGACAGGCAUGACACUGGAGCUCCAAGUGGUUUCUCUCGUUUCCCAGCAGCAGAGGGCGAUUCUGAUGAGGACGAUGAAUACGAGAAAGAGCGACGGAAAAGAAGUAUAGGUGGAGCAGCAAUCGCCCCUCCGUCUUCACUUGUUGACAGGGAUGGCCCAUCUUUGUACUCGUAUGAGGAUGAAGGACGUCCUGCCAGAGGCUCAAAGGCUGCCAUCCCUCCACCGAUGUACGAGGACUCAGACCGGCCUCGCUCGCCACCCGGACCAACCAGCUCCUUCCUGGCUAACAUGGGAGGUACGGUGGCCCAUAAGAUCAUGCAGAAGUAUGGCUUCAAAGAAGGCCAGGGUCUGGGGAAGCACGAGCAGGGCCUCAGCACGGCGCUGUCUGUGGAGAAGACGAGCAAGAGAGGCGGGAAGAUCAUCAUAGGUGACGCUGCAGAAAAGCCAGGUUCCAGCCAGUCAGGUGUUGCUGAGGCUUCAGGCGGAGGCUUUUCAGCAGCAGAUUCCUGUAAGAAGUCAGAGGCCAACCCACUCACAGAGAUCCUCAAGAACCCGACUAAAGUGGUCCUGCUCAGGAACAUGGUGGGCCCAGGAGAGGUGGACGAAGACCUGGAGGGAGAAACGAAAGAAGAGUGUGAGAAAUACGGCAAAGUGACCAGAUGUGUCAUUUUUGAGAUUGCCGAAGUGAUGGAUGAUGAAGCCGUGCGGAUAUUUCUGGAGUUUGAGAGGGUGGAGUCUGCCAUCAAAGCCGUGGUGGAUCUGAACGGACGAUAUUUCGGGGGUCGAGUCGUCAAGGCCUGCUUCUACAACCUAGACAAGUUUCGUGUUUUGAACCUGGGCGAGCAGGUGUGAUGUCAAUCCCUCUGAACUCACAUCAUCAUCACCCCCUCACUUGUACAUAUUACACCCUUUUUUUUAUAUUUCCUGAACAGCUGUGAAGAGUCUGUGGGUAGUGAUGAGGCAUCUUGCAGAUUAUUGAGGCAUUUGUUUCCUGUCAUACCUUUGUGUAAAGCCAAAAUAAAGGUUACAAACUAUA